AUGUCGACGAAACUUUCGUUCCGCAAAUUUAGUGAUGAGCUCUUCACAGAAUUGCACGCACUUUCGGCGGAGUCUAAGCGGCGCAGCUCUGAGGUGAGGCAUGCAAGUGACAAGUCAAUAGAGAUCUUGAAAACUGUUCAUGAAUUCGAAGACCUUCCAAGGCAUCCAGACUUUGUAACGCCUUUCGUCCUUUCGUGUGCCUCCAAAAACGCUAAGCUCACAAGCGUCUCAGUGCAAUGCCUACAAAAGAUGUCAUCGGUCAAUUGCAUACCUGAGGACAGAAUUGAGGACGUGCUCGAUGCAUUCAUAGAUUCAACCCACCUAGCCGCAGAAAUACAGCUCAAGGUCCUACAAAUCAUUCCGCUCUUUUUCAAGACAUAUAGCCAGGUUGUUGUUGGAAAGCUAUGCUCCAAACUGCUUUUAUGCUGCUCAAGUCUCAUCCAGAUACCAAACAAGGCGCCCGUCGUUUUCGGAACUGCGAGUGCAACGCUCCAGCAACUGAUAAACGACAUUUUAGAGAGAGCGACUAUCGAUCAAGAAAGCAGGACUUGCAAAGUGGCAGUAAACAAUAUAGAAUUCAUUGAAGUCGGCUCAUUUCGCCAUGAUGCUAACCGCCUUUUUAACGACUUGUGCAACCUAAAGAAUGCGUCUUACAGUCCUAAAGAUUGCAUUCUGAACGUCGAAAGCAUACCAGAAGACUAUGGGCUUGAGGUUCUCGAAAGUGUACUAAGGAAUCACCGGAAACUUUUUGCAGCCUGCCCCGAUUUACAGUUCGUUCUUAGAACAAGGGCUGUACCUCUACUUCUGCGUUCUAUUUCAUCGUCAAAGAGUUUCCCGAUUGUUGUAAGGAGCGCAAGGUGCCUGACAUUGCUGAUACAAGAAGAGUUUCUGGCAAUUUUAGAGCUCGAACUUGAAAUAAUUUUAUUUCUUUUGAUCAACAUCUUGUCAAAUGAAAUCGAAUCACCAAUUUGGAAGAAGAUCAUAUCCCUUGAGCUCUUUCAGCUUGUGUGCAAAAACUUUGCAUUGGUUUGGGGCAUCUUCAAAUCUUAUGAUGUUCACCCUGAUCGCAGACAGAUUCUCAAGAGCCUUUUGAGUACUCUUAAAGGCAUUCUGAGCCAAAAAGAGUAUCACGAAUACUUGAAAGUCCUCCAUGUGCUAACUCGAGGGGACACCCCUAUAGUUUCACAAGAAUAUUCAGUGGCCAAGAUCCCAUUUAUUGACUUGCUGGACAAGGCAAGCGCGCCUCUUGUCGACCAAACAUAUGUCGUAUAUCUGGUGCUAGCUGUAACCAAUUCCAUAUCGGACGGAAUGGGGUCACAGGCAGUAUCGUUAUACCAAAAGCAAGCGAAAGAAGAAGAGGUUAAGUCGUUGAAGCUUAUGUACAGUGAACUUUUCGAUGACCUCUUUUUUAUCCACAAAAUGUUUUUGUACGCUUCAACUUUAGACACUCCGUUGUUUCAUUCAGUGGUGAGGGCCUUCCAAAAGCUAUCACACUCUGCUGGCGUACUGGAAUGCGAGAAUAAGCUAAACAAGUGCCUGCGCUUGUUUGGGAUAGCUACAGUCGAAAGCUGUCAUAUAAUGGGCGAGGCCCCUGAAGAUAACGAGUCUGACCGGAGCCUGACCACUGCCAGUACUGUUAUAAACACUAUCAGCGAAUCACUGAUAGGGAACUCAUCUAAUGCUAAAGGGAGCUUUGAAGCAAACCUUCAACACUCGCGCGCUAUUCAUCAAAGGACGAUAAGUGUUUUCAGAGCGUUAAUGUCACUGUCCUUAUCUUUAGGCUCUGUUUUCAGCUCAGAUAGUUGGAAAGAAGUUUUAAAGACUUGGCAAUGGAUGUCAUACUACCUUGAGGGUCCAUCUAGAGACUCCGAUCAUUCAACGCAUGGCUUCAAGACAGCCCAAAACCCUCGAGCAUCUUCGUCUGAUAUCAGCGCUGCAAAGUUCAGCAUCAUCAAGCUAUAUGAAAGCACACAGCACUACUCCAGUUCCAGCUUCAACGUCAUGGUCUCAAGCGUAAUUCAGCAAUCAAAAGAAUGCGCUGAGCUAAUAACAUCCAAUUAUGCUCCUGAGGGCCACUCGCCCGUUGAUGGUAGUAAAAUGCUGAAUACAUGUAUCUUCAACAGGGACUUCUUCAUCGCUCAACUGAGGGAGCUGAGUCAAAUAAAUAUCUGGCGGUUGGUGAAUGAAAGCAAAUGGCGGCCAAGUUGGGACUUGGUGAUUAGUUACCUUGUUGAGGUUGCGGCAAGUCGAGAAAUUGCCAAUGAGAAACUUCGGUUGAGUGCUGUUGAUGUUUUUAAUAACAUAAUUUCAAGGGCAGCAAUUGUCUCAAGCGAUCCUGAAAUACCCCAAAAAACAGAUACUGAAGCUGCUCAAAGCCGGCUUUUAACAGCCCUGAUGCAGAUGAUAAACAGCAUUAUGAGUUUAAAAAGAACAAGAGACGAUGUCCGCAAUGGUGCUGUUGAGACUGAGUAUGAUAUUUUGUUUCAGGUCUUGCGCACCUUGAAGGGGCUUUUAGACAUUUUUGGGGACUCGUUACAGGGGGCGUGGGAUGUUGUCUUCAAGAUUAUAAAUUGUCCUUUUGUUAUUAUGUCUGAAAGCUCUAUUACUGAGCUCUCAGAUCACGAAGAAGACAGCUCCAUUCUGGAAACCAUAAGCUCAAAGCACAAUGGCGUAAUCAAAUUAUCCUUCGAGGUCUUUAAGCUCAUUUUUGAUGAUUUUUUGCAGACACUUCCUCUAGAUGUUGUUAAGAACGUGAUUGACACAUUGCUUAAUUUUGUUAGGCAAGAUAGGGACUUGAAUAUAUCUUUUUCUUCAAUCAGCCAGUUUUGGCUUAUUGGAGAUUAUCUGAGAACCUGUGUUUCAAAAGUGCCCAGUGAAUUUACCGACUCCCAAAAACUAGCGUUCGCCAAGAAAAUCGAAGAUGGCCAGCUUAUCAGCAUGAUAUCCGACCAAAAUACCGAACCUUGUGGCCUUUACUAUGGUUUGUGGCUCUAUCUGCUAAAAAAACUUGUCGAGUGUACUAAUGAUGAAAGGGUCGAGGUCAAGAAUGGGGCUAUUCAAACCUUUUUUAGGAUCAUUGAUUCACAUUCAAGCUCGUUCCCACCAUGGGAGCUUAUAGUACACGAAGUUAUAAAACCUUUGCUUCAGCAGCGUUCCAAUUUCGAGGAGUACCUAGAAAGCGGUGAAUAUGUUAACCUGACCUUGAAGGGUUUGAUCCAUAUGUUUGCGCUCUAUUUGGCAAAGUUCUCACAUACUUCGGAUUUUACUGAAGCAUGGUCAUUACUUGUUUGUUACAUGGCAGAUCUGGUUAUCUUGCCUUCUUUCGAAAUUUCCUUCAUUGUACUUAGUAACCUAAGAGAACUUCUUCAAGCCGUUUUAAAGAUCCAAGACUUUCCAGCCAGAAUAACGAGUGAAAUAUACCAGAGGUGGUGCGGAUAUAACGUCAUUUACGCUGAUCCUGCAAAAUCUUCUGAGCUCAAGCGCAAGACAAACUAUGAUUGCGUAGAGGAACUUCUCCUUUGCUAUCCUUUUUUGCAUCAACUGAUGGGAAGCCAGGGCCUACUAGAUGCUGAAAAAGUCGAAAACAUAUUGUUAAUUCUGAAUUCUGCAGCUCGUUAUCCUUUGCUCCCUGAAUUCUCGACGGACAAUCAGAAACCUUCUACUCUGCAGAAUGCUGUCCUCAAAUCUAUAAAGACUUUCGAACUUGGACAGCAACUUGAUGUUGAGCUACUAAUGUUGGACCAGAUUAGCACAAUAAUGGCACUUCCUUUUGAUACAAGAACCCGCAUUCAAAUGAAAUUGGGACCCAAGCUCAGUAGUUCAUCCAGAAAGAGAAUCCCAUCAUUCGAGGCUAUGAGUUACGAAGCAUGCAGCUGCUUUUCACAACGCUUGUCGGGUAUAAAUGACCUCAAUCAGAGCUUUGUCAGCUCUAAGCGGCUUCUUAAAAUUUUAAAAAGUCUCAGUAUUCCUAUUAUCAACAAAUCAUUAAUCAAAGGAGACAUGAAUAAUUCUGCUGUUCUCUGGACUCUUUCCUCCCGUUGUUUCUUCUCGUUAGCUGAGAAAAUUCUCGACGUUUUUCAUUAUGAAGAAGUUGACCACAUUCCAGAAGAAGUGCGAGAUGCAUUUUUCGAUAUGUUUGUUGAAGUUGCAGUAGUCCCUCUCAAAAGGCUCGACUCUGAAACAGACUUGCUUACUGAGAUUGAUGACAUUGAAGAAUUUCAGCAUUUCCGAGAAAAACUACUUCAACAAUUGAACUUGGAAUCUUUGAAAGCCAAACAUCUCAAGAAGUUUGUGUCUUCGGUUUGGUCUGCUUCCUUUUUUCACGAAGUUGAUGACAUUGAAGAUGAAAUUAUCAAAAGCAGCGAGAGCCUUGAGGAGGUUGCUCAAAAGCUGGCGGUCUUUCCUUUCGAUGAAGUUCUAGAGUCCACGCGAGGUCAGAAACUUUUAAGCAAGUAUAAAACAGCGACUUUGUGCCUCCAGGACUUGACCAACUACAUGAUGUUUGAAGGGCCAGGUUUUGAUAAGCUGAGAGCAGUUUGUCUGCCAUUCUUGGUUGCCCGAUAUGCCUUCAGUCUGAGAAGGUACGUUUCUGACGCUAUACUUUUGAAUCGUGCCCCCAUUGCGAAGGAUAGAAGCAUGGAGGUGGCAUUGGUAUUGAGCGGACUGAGAAAAGUUCUAGAUUACAUAUCAAAGGCCAAGGGCAAGGUGGCCUGCGAUAAAGCUAUUCGAGACCUUCAAGUUCUUUAUCCUCUCAUUUUGCGGGCAAUACCGGUAUCACAAAAGGUCAGCGGUCUUGAAACUAUCGUUCAAGAAGUUUCUUUAGACUUCACUAAACUAUUGCACUAA